UCUUUUUGCCGCUGUUUCUUGAUUUGUUUCUGUAUCUCUAUUGCUUCUAAGAACUAUACCUCUGUUCUUGAAUCUGAAACUUCGUCUUUGUUUUCUUCUUUUUUGUAUCUGUCCCAGAUCUGUGCCCUCGAUCUUUAUCUUCAUAGUUCAUAGACUUGGGAUUUGUCUGUAGAACCCUUAAUUUUUAGGGAAACUUGAAAAACGCCCAUCUUUUAAGACAUAUUCCUCUUAGUCUAAGCCGACAUAAUGGGUAUGUGGAGGCAUAGAGUGAAUACCCCAACAAAACUUGAAUACUUUAGACAAGAAUUCUCUAUCCCAGCCGAUGUUCAUCUUAAACUGGCUGGGGAUGAUGAUACCAUCGUGCCCACAGAUCAUACAAUGCCCUUUCCAAUAGUUGCUUUUACCGAAUGUGGACUUCGGCUUCCACUCGAUCCCCUCUUUCGUCAAGUUCUCCAUUUCUAUAGGCUGAACCCCAUGCAACUCACUAUCAACUCCUAUAGGGUAAUUAAUGGUAUUAUUGCCUUAGCUAGGCAAGAAAACCUUAGAAUCACCCUAGCCGACCUUCAAUAUUGUUAUACCAUGUGUCCUCUCGAUCUGAAGGAUAGGGGUUUUGUCUAUUACCUUAAGCCGAGAUCCACUCAGUACAAGAUUAUAGCCGACCUUCCAGACUCCAACAAGGGGGCUGGAGAUGACUUUCUUAUUGCCUCUGGAAAUUGGGAAUUUGGCCCAGAUGAAGAUGUCCACCUCUACCCUCUUCCUCGAACACUUACAGAGGGCAAGAGUAAGAGCCCUGAGUCAACACUUAGUUGUUUUUACUUAAGAUGUUAAUACUUUAUUUCUGACGUCUGAUUCUUUGCAGAUCUUCAUCAACCACCGAAAAAUUUUCGCCAAUCCUUCUUCCCAGGACCAGAUCUGAAAACACUUCUUGGCCUCCCAAUUCAUAAACGAAAAGCCCCAGUAUUACUAAACUUCAUCCCUACAUACAAAUCCGCCUUACCCGACGUCCCAAGAAAAAGGAAAAAGAGCCUUUCCCCUCCUACUGCCACAACCUUAACUGCCUCUGUAUCCCGAACAGAUCAAGAAUCCACAUCUGACCCAGCCGAUCUUCCAUCAACUUCGGCCCCCUACUUAAUACCAAUUCCAGAACGUAAACGCCGAAGAAGGCUUGUAAAAACAGCCGAAAUGGUUCGUUCAAAGCCUGUCGUCCAAGAUCUUCUUGCCGACAUUCCAACUGACGCCGAAGCCGCACCUGCGCAAACAAUGCUCCCACCCAAACAAAAGAGAGUAAAAAGGGCUCAGCCUAAGGCUAAGGCUACAGAUGCCGAAGCUGAAGAUACUGUGCCCAUUUCAAGGCUGGCAGAAAGCAAGAAAUCAACCUCUGUCUCCACCAAGAGAUCUGCUGAGGGUCAACCCUCAGGGUCUACACAAACAAAGCGGCCAAGGUCAUCGUCUGCGACGACCUCGGCUUCAAAGAAGCCCGACGUCCCAUGGGCCCCUGAUCUAUCUCUGGAGGACAGGCCCAUUAUGGCUAGCGAGAGUGCUGACGACAUUAAUGUUGCUGUCGCUCUUAGCACUGCUCUCCUCCUACCGAAUGACUUGGAGCGAAAUGCCAGUUUUAGUGAGUAUGAAAAUUAUGCUCUUAUGCUCCAACACUCCGCUCAAGCUAUCCAACAUGCCCAUUCAUUUUCAAUGCAAUCCUUUGAAAAUCGUCAAAGAUUGGUUGAUAUGAAGAGGGAAGCAACUUCAAUGAAGAGAGAAUUAAGGGCCCUUGAAGUAAAAAUGAAAAAACUAGAGGAUCAAGCCGAGGCUGCAACGAAGAACCAAACCUUAGCUCUUGAAAAGGCCGAAGCUGCUGAAGCCGUUAAAAAAGUAGCUGAAGCCGAGAAAAGGGAGGCCGAGGCUCAGAAAGUCCAAGCGCAAAAAGAACUUCAACAAGCGCUGGCCACCAAGGAGGCCGAAAUCAAAGAGGCCGAUGAAAAGGCCUAUGCUCAAGGCAUUAAGACUCUAUUUACAUUAUCAAUUACCUUGCCAUGUAUCUUCUGGACUCUAUUUACAUUAUGGUAA